AUGUCUUCAUCAGACUCAACGGGCCUUGCACCCUCAUCACCUGCCACGGCCAAGCAGCCAUCAUUCUUCGCAGGCCAGAUGGCAGCCUUGCAGUCAGUGCAACCAUGGACUCCGUCACAGAUUGCCGCAACAUCUACCUCUGCAUCAUCUGCCGCUCAAGGCUUUAAUGCCACUUCGUCUUCAGACGUACGGUUCACAAAUCCUGUCAGGAGCAAAGCGCAAUCUCCUGCGCCAGCGACCAAGGAGCCCAUGCAGCAAGAGCAUGUCACAGCACCUGAGGAAGAUCUUCUCAAUGCUUCAUCCAGCGAGUCCUUGGAUUCUAACCAGUUUCAACCCGAAGUAGGUGGUAUCAUUGAAAGUUCCACCAUCGGUGUGACGAGACCGUCAUGUGUAGCUGAUACCGAUCCGAUGCAAAACCACUCACGAGAUAGCGCAGAGCAAAUACGACAAGUAUUUGGACUACUCAAAGAUCUGGGCAACGACCCAGCCGCAAGACGCAUACUUGCAGAGUUUCUGCAGCAUCAGAAGACCACUCAAAACCCCAGAACGCAGGCCGAAACACCAGCGCGGAAAACUAUCUUUAUUGUACAGGUACGAGCAAGCUCGGGUGCUACUGCCAAUGCAGCUCGUCGUCUUCUUAAGAGACCAGCAGAGAUCUGGCAGGCCUAUCUCCGAGCCUACCCGCUUCCUGAAGGAACAGAAGCUGUCAGGUAUCGCCAGAAAGACACCUAUAAGCUUAAACUGUACCAGUAUAGCUACAUUUUCUCCCACCAAUGGACCCACAAGGCCAGUGCGGGGCUAUUGAUCAGCGACAGCGACAAUACCCUCGCCCGCGAGAUUCUCGACCUUACGAACGGGCAACCACUACACAUAGUGGUCAUUGGGACAGGUAUCGACGGUCUCUCCGUCAACAACACAUCAUGGAAACAUAUGCAUAAGCGAUGGCCCAAAGCCACUUUCGAGCUGUGUCUCAUGGUUCCAAAGAACUCUCAGUAUCUGACCAAGUUCCCGCAGAUAGCCUCAAUGUACGAUGACUACUUUACAACAAUACGGGUGCAAACUUCUGAGCUAGCUAGCGCAUUUGAAACGGCACACAUCGAUGAGGUCAGGGUCGCAGAUGCGUCAACUCCAAGGAACAAAAUGAUCGUGCUGCUGUUUCUGCUGAUCGUAGAUCUAGAGAUGGCGGCCCUCGCUAAGACCGUGGGCUUACGCAAGGUAUCAAGGAACCUCGGUUUUCCGUUGAACGGUGGCUCUUCUCGGUCUGAUGAUGCCGGCGAACCUCAAAAGAAGAAACGCAAGACGAACGUCACUCCUUCGGUCUCGGUUAGUAUCGAUGAUUCCGACACCGAUUACAAUGAUGAUUCCGGCGAUGAUUCUGAUUACAAUGAACCACCGAUCAAGCCUACACGUGUCAUGCGCUCUGAUCAACAACGCGGGUCACACAAGACAACAUAG